AUGGACGCGAUUAAACUAUUCGAGGAAGAUUCAACAGUACUAUUAGUGGAAGCAAGAAUUAGGAAUGAUGAAGAGAAGAGAAGAAGCCAGAGGAGAAGUACAACUGUAGGAAGCAGUAGAAGAAGAAGCAGUGGCGGAAGAAGAUCAGGGUCUUCAUCUUCACCAGCAACCAACCCGGCCUUCUCCCUUACCUCGCCACCGUACUCCGCCCCUCCGUCCUCCGCUUAUACCCUCUCCUCCACCACAAGUUCUACCGCCACCACUUAUCCCGUCGCCGCCGCCACUCGUCCCUUCACCUCCAAUNCGCCAGUUGUCUCCUCUCCUCCACCGGCGGUAACACCAUCCCCACCACCAGCCUCUCCUCCAGCUUCACCACCACCAGCCUCCCCUCCAGUUUCCCCACCUCCUCCAUUAGUUCCAUCUCCACCACCACCUUCUUCUCCUCCGCCAAUUCCACCACCACCUUUAGUUCCAUCUCCACCUCCGCCAGAGUCUCCACCAUUCAUAAUAUUUCCUCCACCACUAGUUGCUUCGCCACCUCCACCGGAGGAACCUGUCUUCCCUUGGUUAUCCCCUCCUAACGCAGACACUCCAACUUUUCCGCUAUUUUCUCCUCCACCUUUAGUACCCGAUUUUCCCCUCCCACCACCUCAACAACCAGAUUUUCCACCGCAAACUCCACUUGUCCCCAUGUUUUCUCCACCAGAACAAGAUUUUCCCCCAGCUACACCACUUGUCCCCAUAUAUUCACCACCUCCAUUCUUUACUCUUCCGCCGCCGGAACAAAACUUGCCUCCAGCUACACCACUUGUCCCCAUCUUUCCGCCAUCAGACGAGCCGCCAGUGAUACCUGAUCAACCACCAGACAAUUUUCUGCCGUCACCGUUGAUUCCUGAUCAACCACCAAACAGUUUUCUGCCAUCACCAGUGAUUCCUGAUCAACCACCAAGCAGUUUUCUUCCAUCGCCGGUAAUACCUGAUCAACCACCAGAAACUUUUCUGCCAUCACCUGUGGUUCCGGAUCAACCACCGGUUAUUUUCAUGGCACCACCAUUGGUUCCUGGUGUACCAGAAAGUUCGAUGUUACCACAACCUUUCAUAUCAGCACCACCAGUCCAACCGGCCGAAGCGCCGCCAGUUGCAGUUAUUCCGCCAUUUGAGCUUCCGCCUCAGCCGGACUCGCCACCAUCCACCUGA